UCAAAAUGGCGGCCGAGGCGGAGGCCUCUGCCUGGGCGCGCCUUGUAUGGCGCGGGUUCGCAGGCAGACGCCCUUCCCUCGCCUCUUAAGCGUCCCCAAGGCCCUCCUUGUCCAGAGAGAAGCCCUCUGCUCCCCGGAAAUGGACCGUGACUAUGGACAUGGUGCCUAUGGUGGCCCAAGAGCUAUGGACUCUUAUAUGAACCAGUCCUAUGGAAUGGAAAGUCAUGGAGGAGGAGGCGGAGGAGGCGGUGGUGCCAGGUUUGGACCUUAUGAGUCUUACGACUCCGGGUCUUCUCUGGGUGGGCGAGAUCUGUACAGAUCUGGCUAUGGUUAUAAUGAACCCGAACAAAGCCGCUUCGGAGGUAGUUAUGGUGGUCGAUUUGACAGCAACUACCGGAAUAGCCUUGACUCUUUCGGAGGUAGAAACCAGGGCGGGUCUAGCUGGGAAGCACCUUACUCACGCUCAAAGUUGAGGCCUGGGUUUAUGGAGGACAGAGGAAGAGAGAGUUACUCUUCCUACAGCAGUUUUUCUUCACCCCAUAUGAAGCCUGCACCUGUAGGCUCUCGGGGGAGAGGAACGCCUGCUUACCCUGACAGUGGAUUUGGAAGCAGAAACUAUGAUGCUUUUGGAGGACCAUCAACAGGCAGAGGCCGUGGCCGAGGAUACAUGGGAGACUUUGGAGGCAUGCAUAGACCUGGAAUUGUGGUAGACUAUCAUAACAAACCCAGUUCUGCAGCUGUAGCUGCACGAGGAAUAAAGAGAAAAAUGAUACAGCAGCCGUAUAACAAACCAGGUGGGACAUUUAUCAAGAAACCCAAACUGACAAAACCUAAUGUGAAGAUGAACCAAAACAAACCUAGUGUCAAGCCAGAGGUGAAAAAUGAAGAAGAAGAAAAGCGUCGCAUUGAGGCAAGAAGGGAGAAGCAAAGGCGUAGGAGGGAGAAAAACAGUGAAAAGUAUGGUGAUGGUUACAGAAUGGCAUUCACCUGCUCAUUUUGUAAGUUUCGAACAUUUGAAGAAAAAGACAUUGAAGCUCAUCUGGAAAGUGCUGUUCACCAGGAAACUUUAGAUCAUAUUCAGAAACAAACCAAAUUUGACAAAGUUGUGAUGGAGUUUCUUCAUGAAUGUAUGGUGAAUAAGUUCAAGAAAACUGCCAUGCGUAAGCAGCAGACUACAAGCCAAAUGGAAGCUGCUCAGAUUGCUGAAAAAGAUGUAAUGGAAGGUGUUACAGCUGAUGAUCAUAUGAUGAAAGUGGAGACUGUUCUCUGCUCUGCAUGUAGUGUGUAUGUUCCUGCACUACAUAGUUCUGUUCAGCAGCACCUUAAGUCUCCAGAGCAUGCAAAGGGAAAACAGACUUACAAAGAACAAAUUAAAAGAGAGAGUGUUCUGACUGCUACCAGCAUUUUGAAUAACCCAAUUGUGAAGGCACGGUAUGAGCGUUACGUCAAGGGUGAAAAUCCAUUUGAAGUUACAGAUCAAAACCCAGAGCAGCAAGAAGGAGAAGAAGAAGACAAGGUAAAUGAACCUGCAGAGGAGGAGGAGGAAGAAGCAGAAGCUGAGGAAGAGGAGGAAGCAGAAGGUGAAGAACAACCAGACUUCACUCUUGACCAAACAGAAGACAGUUAAAUACAAGAAAUUUUACACAAGUAGUGGCAAAUGCUGCUUUACUUUUCUGUCUCUGUGGCUAAGUGUAAAGUUUCUAAUAGUUAAAUGCAAGUCUCUUACUAUUAUCCUUUACCCUCUGCAUGCAUUCCAUUUAAAUUGAAAAUGUAUUUGUGUAAUGUUUAAUCUCUGCUUAAAAUGAAGGUUUAAUGUUUUUAGUUCAGCUUUUUAAAUAACCUUGCUGUUAGAACACUAAGGUAUGAUGUAUGUUUUAAUUACUUGAUUUUUUUUCUUGAUAGCUGAGAAUUGGUUAUAAAAGUAGAAAGUUUAAAUCAUUUCAACACAACAAUAUUUCAAAAAAUGCAGCAUAUAUAGUUCUAGAAUGCAUAAAAUUAUGUUGUGAGUGUGGCUGUCAUUUGGACUGCAUCACUCAUUGUAAAAUAUGUGUUAUGUCAUACCUUGUAGGUUUUUCUUGUGAUAAAAAUGUACUUGUUUGUAGCAAUAAAACAUUUUAGGAACA